AUGGACGAUGGCAGCCUCCAGGGCCCCAUCGACGAGCAUACGGCCGAGGUAGAAGAGGAGCUCGCGCACAAAAUCUCGCCAGAGUCUCGCUUCCAAAAUGACGAGGUCCAUCUCGCGCCGAGCCGCUGGUGGUUCGCCUCGUCGGCGUUUCCCAUGAUAGCCGGAACCCUCGGCCCCGUCGCCUCUGCCUUCAGCAUCUGCGCCUUGGUGCGCCAAUGGAGACAAUGGUGGCCGCCGAAUACAGACAUUGACAAUGCCACCUUUCUUCCGGAUCCCGCCUGGCUCACCAUCGUCAACGCUGUUCAGCUGGCCGUGGCCCUCGUCUCCAACAUGUUCCUUCUGCUGAACAUGACUAAGAGAGUUCGCUUCUCCAUCGCGCAGCCGAUUACAAUAGUCGGAUGGUACAUCUCCGCCAUAUGUCUGAUCGCCUUGAAUGCGACCGCCGCGGGGCCCUUGGACGACGACCUGAACGGCAUCCCCGCCAACGAGAUUGUCUGGUCUCAAGCGUUCUACUACGGAAUCUGGGCCGCCAUUCUCUACUUCAUAGACGCCUCUCUGAUGCUUGUGACCUUUUUGGGCGCAUCCUAUGGACAUUACAGCAAAGACUUCAACCUCACCCCUAGCCAGCGAACCCUCAUGCUGCAGACCAUCAUGUUCCUCAUGUACCUACUGCUUGGCGCCCUGAUAUUCUCGUCUAUCGAGGGCUGGAACUACCUAGACGGCGUAUACUUUGCCGACGUCACACUCUUCACCGUCGGCUUUGGCGACUUCACUGCCUCGACCACGCUUGCGAGAGCCUUGCUGUUCCCUUACGCCCUCAUCGGCGUUAUUAGCCUCGGUCUGGUCAUCAGCUCGAUUCGCAGCAUGAUCCUCGAGCGUGGCCGCCGGGCACUCGACGCCAGAAUGGAGGAGAAGAACCGCCGCCGUGUCAUCCGGACAAUAACGAAGAAGGGCAAGGAUGAUGUUUUGACACCCAUCCAGCGAGAGCCGACGCUUGACGAGCCGCCCCCCGGCGAGUUUGAGCGUCGCCGGACCGAGUUUGAGCUGAUGCGCAAGAUCCAGGAAAAGGCGUCGCAGCGGAGGAAAUGGGUCGCAAUGGCCAUAUCUACCGGAUCAUGGCUCGUCCUGUGGCUUCUGGGCGCCUUCAUCUUCAAGAAGUGCGAGGAGAAGUACCAGGGCUGGACGUACUUUGAUGGCGUCUACUUCUGCUUCGUGUCGCUCAUCACCAUCGGCUACGGCGAUGUCGUGCCCACGUCCAACGCCGGAAAGUCCUUUUUCGUCUUUUGGUCCCUCAUGGCGUUGCCGACCAUGACAGUCCUCAUCUCCAACGCGGGCGACACAGUGGUCGUGUUCAUUCGAGACGCCACCAUCACCCUUGGCAACAUCACCAUUCUCCCGGGAGAGCGCGGCUUCACCGAUUACGUCAAGUAUGUGGCCCAUCAGCUCUCUCUGGGUUCGUUGUUCGACUGCAUGGGCGGUGCUUCUCACGACCUCGAGAAGCAGCGCUCUGGGGCCGACGACUCCCCAGUGGGAUACAAGCUCAAGGACCGGCUCUCGACCCCGAGCUCCAACCGCGACGGCAUGGCGAAGACCUCGUCCAACGCCACCGAUGGUUCGCCGCCAAGCGGCACUUCAGACGCCGCCACCAGGAGCAACCUUGAGCCCAUGUCGACGCACGGGCGCCGCUCGCUGUCUGUCGUUCGCCGCAGGCUCGGGAACCUGCCCACUGGGCACGACCUGCACCUCCUCCUCAUCUCGGAGAUACAGAACGUCGCAAAGCAUGUCCGCGAGGCUAAUCCCCGGCGCUACACCUUUGAGGAGUGGGCGUGGUACCUGGGCCUCAUCGGCGAGGACGAGCGCGACCCGGACACACACCGCAAGGCGCUUCCUAAGCAGAAGCACAAGCACAAGAAGAAGGGCAAUCAUCACAAGAAGCACAACCACAAUCACCACCGCCGCGGCCGUGCCGCCCACGGAGCCGAGCGAGAGGGGGAAGGUUCUCCCCACAACCAAGAUCAAGAAGGCCAACCGCCACGGCGUCGUCCCGAGGACGAGGUGGUCUCGGGCGAGGAGAGCGACGUGCAGCAGUCGCCCGGCGCCAACAACAACAACAAUAGCAACGAGGACGGCAACGACAGCGAGCGCCUAAAGUGGUCGUGGGUCGGCCGCCGCAGUCCCCUUAUGGGCGGGCAGGAGGAGAGCGAGUGGAUCCUGGAGCGCCUCAUGGACCGGCUUAAGGAGUCGCUGUGGGAGACCAAGAAGGUCGCCGACUGUCCUCCCAAAGCCGCUGACGAGUCGCCGUGA